AUGUCUGCCGCCGGUGCCAUUAUGGAUGAGGGACGGGUUCCCAACCCAACCGCUAGGUUGACCUUUAUGGGUGUCGGUCUGUAUGCAAUUUGGAAAGGGGUAUUGCCGCCGGUCUAUGGGCUUUGGCUUUCCCUUCACACCCCUUUACGGAUAGAAACGGCGAUGUGGACCAUACUUUACUACUUUCUCACUGGUGUUGGCGUUACUGCAGGCUACCACCGAUUAUGGUCUCACAAGUCUUACAAUGCUGGAAGCCUUUUGCAGCUAUAUUUAUUACUUGGUGGUGCGGCCGGUUUCCAAAAGUCGGCUCUAUGGUGGGCUACCACCCACCGUGUUCAUCAUCGAUACGUCGAUACACCCGAAGACCCUCAUUCUAUUGAGCAAGGGAUUUUCCACGCCCAUAUGGGAUGGAUUCUCUUCCCGCGACAAACCCCUUUACCAGCAGUAGACAUCAAAGAUCUCACCUCAAACCGCCUAGUCAUGUGGCAGCACAACAACUACGAGGUCAUUUCCCUGAUAAUGGGCAUAGUAUUCCCAACCGUUGUUGCCGGCUACGGAUGGAAUGAUUGGUGGGGAGGCCUUGCCUACUCAGCUCUCCUCCGUAUCUUCUUCUUCCAACAAGGAACAUUCUGCAUCAAUUCUCUCGCGCAUUGGCUCGGCGACACACCGUACGAUGACAAACACUCACCCCGCGAUCAUCUUUUCACCGCAAUUUUGACCCUAGGGGAAGGUUAUCACAACUUCCAUCACGAGUUUCCAACCGAUUACCGCAACGGCGUCAAGUGGUGGCAAUACGACCCCUCGAAAUGGUUCAUCUGGGUCUGCGAACAGACUGGUUUCGCAGAUGAUCUUAGCAGGAGCUCUGACAACGUCAUCGGGAAAGGCGAAUACCAGCAGCAAAACAAGAAGCUGGAGGUGUUUAAGUCGAGUCUGAAAUGGGGAGUCCCCCCUGCACAGUUGCCGCAGAUGACCUGGCAAGACUUUGAGGGUGCCGUUAAGGACGGUGGUCAAUCAUUGAUUAUUAUCAAUGGUAUCGUACAUGAUAUUGAACCUUUCUAUAAUGAGCACCCUGGUGGUAAAGGCAUCAUCAGCGCAUAUAUUGGCAAGGAUGCCACAGCUCAAUUCAAUGGAGAAGUCUAUGAACAUUCAAACGCUGCUCAUAAUCUGCUCGACGACUUCCGGAUUGCGGCGCUAGUUGGAGCAGACGAGCCGGAAAAAGAGAAAUGA